AUGUGCAGCGUGCGGCAGACGGCGGCGGCGCUACAGGCGGAGCCGGGGGACGCGCUGCGCCUCGCGCUGCCCUCGCUCAUCUACACCCUGCAGAACAACCUGCAGUACGUGGCCAUCUCCAACCUGCCCGCCGCCACCUUCCAGGUCACCUACCAGCUCAAGACCCUCACGGCCGCCCUCUUCUCCGUGCUGCUGCUGGGGACGGCGCUGUCGCGGCUGCAGUGGCUCUCGCUGGCGCUGCUCUGCGCCGGGGUGGCCCUGGUGCAGCUCGAGCAGGCGCGGGGCCCGCCGCCGCCGUCCUCCUCCUCGCCGCAGAGCUACCUCACCGGCCUGCUGGCCGUCGUCGCCGCCUGUAUCUCCUCCGGCUUCGCGGGGGUGUACUGCGAGCGCCUGUUGAAGACGCCCGGCGGGCUGUGGGUGCGCAACGCCCAGCUGGGCGCCGCCGGCACCCUGGUGGCGCUGGCCACCAUGUGGGCCACCGAGGGCGACGCGGUGGCCGCGCGCGGCUUCUUCCACGGCUACAGCGGCGCCGUGUGGGCCGUGGUGCUCAACCAGGCGGCCGGCGGGCUGCUGGUGGCCGUGGUCCUCCGGCACGCCGGCAGCGUCACCAAGACGUUCGCCACGGCGCUCUCGGUGGUGGCGUCAGCCGCCGCCUCCGUGCGCCUGUUCGGCUUCCGCCCGCGCGGCGCCUUCGUGGCCGGCGCCGGCCUCGUGCUCGUCGCCGUGGUGAUGUACGGGCGGCCGGCGGCCACAGCCGCCCCCGCGACAGCCGCCCCCGCGACAGCCGCCCCCGCGCUACAGGCGGCGCCGCAGGGGGACAGGGGACGAGGAGGCGACGGCGACAAGUCAGUGGGGGCGGCGUGA